GGACCACAGUCGCACACAGCUGUCACACGGAGCUCUGAGCUGCCCAAUCCCUCUCUCUCCACCAACGCCGGUGCUGACCGGCAUCCUCUAUUCAAACUCUGCGCAUUCUGCAUCUAAAAGUUCCUCUCAUGCAGGGAGAUUUAGCAGAAAAGCGAGAGCAGGCAGCACUCGGGCACUUCCAGCCGUGGCUCUGCGCUGCUUUUAACCCCAGCCGAGCAGAGGCGGCGCAGAUGUGGGGGGAGCAGGGUGCUGCGCGUCCCUCCUGCUCCUUCUGCCGCGGGGACCAAGGACUCCUGCCGCUGGAUUUUUCCCCCUCUAUCAGUGGUCUUUAACACCAUCACAGCAUGCAGCACAAUGCUUUAAAACAGCAAAGCUUCUGGAAAACCCAAACAAAAGGAACGUCACCAGGUGACGUCAGCCUAUAUAGAGCCCUGUGUGGUCGCAGCGCAUAAGCAAAUCCAUUCUUGUACCGCUUCCCUGAAAAGCUUUUCAGUAAAUGCACUCAUGCUACUACAGGAGCUUCUCUCAGCAAUAAGCCACCCAUCUGCCAUCAACAAGUUAGGACUAAAGGAAGCCACAGCUGCGGAAAAGGAAAACGUGAGCUUCAAUUAACCAGCUGAGCAGCCACGGAGGACGAAAACUUGUAUUAAGAUUUAAAAAUUGCAGACCUGUCAGCGGAGAUCAAGGCAGCAAUUUCAAAAGGAAUAUUCCAAGAGAGCAUCGUGGAUUUUGCACUAAUAUCAAAGGACACUAAACCCAGUCAAUUAUUCAAGGCUGUCUUACAUUAGAGCCUUUCACAGACUCACGGCGUUGAGUCUCAAACUACGACUGAAUGCACCCUCCAAUGUACUCAAAAGAAUGGGCUUACAUUUCAAGUGGCCAUUAGGGGCUCGUAUGCUGGCAGCACUAUAUGCAAUGAGUAUGGUUUUAAAAAUGCUGCCUGCCUUGGGCAUGGCUUGUCCACCAAAAUGUCGCUGUGAGAAGCUGCUCUUUUACUGUGACUCUCAGGGGUUUCACUCAGUGCCAAACACCACUGAAAAGGGCUCGCUAGGUUUGUCACUGAGGCACAAUUUUAUUUCUGAACUUGAAAGGGAUCAAUUUGCAAGCUUCAGUCAACUUACUUGGCUUCACUUAGAUCAUAAUCAAAUUGCAACAGUCAGAGAAGAUUCUUUUCAAGGACUGUAUAAACUUAAGGAAUUAGUCUUAAGUUCCAACAAAAUCUUUCAUUUGCCAAACACAACUUUUAGCCAGCUGCUUAACCUGCAGAAUUUGGACCUCUCUUUUAAUCAGUUAUCCUCUCUGCACCCCGAGCUCUUCUACGGCCUUCGCAAGCUACAGACCUUGCACUUGCGAUCCAACUCCCUGCGGACCAUCCCGGUCCGCCUGUUCUGGGACUGUCGUAGCCUGGAAUUCCUGGAUUUGAGCACAAACCGCUUGCGAAGUUUGGCUCGCAAUGGAUUUGCGGGAUUAAUCAAGCUGAGGGAGCUUCACCUAGAGCACAACCAGCUGACAAAGAUUAAUUUUGCUCACUUCCUCCGGCUGAGCAGCCUGCACACGCUCUUCUUGCAGUGGAACAAAAUUAGCAACUUGACAUGUGGGAUGGAGUGGACCUGGGGCACCUUAGCAAAGCUUGAUUUGACUGGAAAUGAAAUCAAAGCCAUCGACCUCACCGUCUUUGAAACUAUGCCUAACCUUAAAACCCUCCUCAUGGAUAACAACAAGCUCACCACUCUGGAUUCCAAGAUCCUGAGCUCGCUGACAUCCCUCACCACCGUGGGCCUCUCCGGCAAUCUGUGGGAAUGCAGCCCAAAGAUCUGCUCCUUGGCCACAUGGUUGAGUGGCUUCCAAGGUCGGUGGGAGCACUCCAUCCUCUGCCACAGCCCCGACCACACCCAGGGAGAGGAUAUUCUGGAUGCAGUGUAUGGUUUUCAGCUUUGCUGGAAUUUAUCGACUGUGGUUACCCCCGUGGCUACGACGUCGUACACAGCUCCAACUACCGAGUACACGAAAAGAAUAAGCUCUUCUCAUUUCCAUGUGGGAGACAAAGAGAUUCCAACUACGGCAGGCAUGGUCGUUACCACCGAAGAACAGUUCCCCGAGCCAAACAAUGCCAUCUUCACUCAGAGGGUAAUUACAGGAACAAUGGCUUUAUUGUUUUCUUUCUUUUUUAUCAUUUUUAUAGUGUUCAUCUCCAGGAAGUGCUGCCCUCCCACACUAAGAAGAAUUAGGCAGUGCUCAAUGAUUCAAAACCACAGGCAGCUCCGAUCCCAAACGAGGCUGCAUAUGGCCAACAUGUCAGACCAAGGACCCUAUAACGAGUAUGAACCCACCCACGAAGGACCCUUCAUCAUCAUCAAUGGCUACGGACAGUGCAAGUGCCAGCAGCUGCCCUACAAAGAAUGUGAAGUAUAAUACCUACAGCCCAUCACAAAGUAAAUCAGAUAAGUAACCUACUUUAAAAUUGUAGGGACCUACAUCAGAUUCUAAUUUUUACAAAUGUUGACAUAAAGCCUAAUUUUCCAAGCUACUUAAUGGAAACAUUGUUUAUGGAGUGGUGCAGUAUUUUUAAGUUUUUUAAAAAAUAAAUCCAUAAUAUUUUCAGUGUUAAAGAAGCAAUGAUUACAUUAAACUUGCACUCCUAAUGUUUAAAAGUCAAAAGAGAUGCUCACCUCAAACUAUGUAAAAUGUUUCAUGUUAUGUAAUUAUAUGACUGUGUGUAAACAUUUAUACCCGAGUCUCCAUAUUCUACUUUUUCUACUGCAAACAGUCCGAGGGGAAGGAUACUGGAUAUCUGUGCAGGGAUCUGUUUGUUCCACUGCAGCUGGAGGAUCCCAAACACUGCAGCUGGCUCCGGGCACUUUAAGGGCAGCCAGGGAGGAAGAUUUUCCUCCUCUGAGCAUUUCACUCCAGUAAGAGAAGGGAGGGAAAACAAAAAGGAAAAAUGAAAAAUAGCAACAAAGAUCCAGGUGGGAAUUUCAGUGUGUUGGGGUGAAUUUAUUUGAAAUAGUUUUGCUCUGUGCACGUUCACGGCUCGGCUCGCUGAAAGGGACGGAAAGGAGCAGCUCACACAGGCACACACACAUGGGCACACACAGGGGCAGGGUGGGCACACACAGGGGCAGGGUGGGCACACACAGAGCCCUAGAUAAGUCAGGCACACACAUGGGCAAGACACACACAGCCCCAGGCAGGAUGGGCACACACACACAGAGCCCUGGACAAGCUGGGCACACACACCCAGGAGCAGGAUGGACACAGACAGGAGCAGGAUAGGUACACACACCCAGGAACAGGAUAGGCACACACCCAGGAGCAGGAUGAGCAGGAUGGACACCCACAUACACACACAGGAGCAGGAUGGACACACAGCCCCAGGCAGGAUGGACACACACCAGAGCAGGACGGACACAUACAUGAGCAUACACACACAGUCCCAGGUAGGAUAGCCACACACACACAAGAGCAGGAUGAGCAGGAUGGACACACAGCCCGGGGCAGGAUGCACACACAGCCCCAGGCAGGAUGGACACACAGCCCCAGGCAGGAUGGACACACGCUCCCCCAGGAACAGGACAGCUCUCCAUGUGCCCCCAAAUUGGCAGUGCAGCUUCUUUAGGGAGGCUCAGCACACCGGGAUCGAUUGGAAAUAUUUAUUAAGUACAUUCAGUCCUCGGCUCCUUGGUUUCACUUGAUGAUGCUUUUCAUGAAUUCAGGCUAAUUACUUAAUGACGAUGAACAAACAGCAUUUCAACACCUUUUCAUGUGUAAAUACCCUUAAUGCAAGGUUCUCUUAAUUAAAAGCAAAUAUCAACAGGGAGGUUAUGGAGAAGAGGGAAGGAAGAAAGGAAGGAAGAAGCCUCUCUUUGUCCCCCUGCUGCCCCCCCAGCUGAGGCUUCCUCUCGCUGGGAAGCUAUUUUCAUGCACUAACUCCACUGGUUUCUCUGGAGACAGAAUUAGCCCCUGUAAUAUAAGCUCUCACUUGUCCUCCUCUUCCAGAAUUCAAGAUAAAAAAAGACCCCUUCUGAUAAGUUAGGAGAAUAUGAUUAGUUAAUAGAAUAGUUCACUGAAAAAUGUUUUGUUUCUUACUUGACAUGGGACAGAAUCUAAACUAGUAUGACUUUUUAAAAAAUCAUAUAUAAAUAUAUAUAUACACACACACCCCUCAUUCUAAGGGGUAAUUUGGUUUCUUUAGCCAGAAGUACCAUAUUGCUAUUUAUACUCUAUUAUGGAAUUAUAUGUAAAUAUUUGCAGAUCUAUGCAGUGAUGGUGGUACUCAGAUGCCACAAUGGUGGGGGGUGGGGGGGUCUGCAAAGGAUUACAUUAUUUUUAAGUCAACUGCUCAAAUAUUGUAAACAUUCUAACCAAAGCUAAAAGAUUCAGAGGGAUGGAGAAUUAUUUUAUAUAUAUAUACAUGUAUGUAUAACUAAAAAAUGUGUUGUGUCCAAUGCUGCAGUGUUAAACAAUUACCAGCACACCCCAAUGAAGAAACAAAAUUCCUCACAGUGUUGCCAUACCUUGACCAAAUCCAUAAUUACAGUAUGCUAAUUGUGAUGUACUAAACUAUCCUACAAACUUCUUAAGCAGAAAAACCACUGCAUAAAAAUCUGUUUGCUAUUUCACUCUGCUUUUCUCUCUGUAUUACCACUUAGUGAGGUAUUUAGGGUGCAAUUAUACAGCAGUUUGAUGUUUUCUUGUGAGAUGAAUUCGUCCAAGGCAAUUAUAGCAAAAUAAGUAACUUCUGUUAAGAUUUAACAUAAAGGUUUUUCAAUUGCUGGUUUUGAAGAUAUUAAUUUGCAUCAUUUUACUUCUACAUACAGUGCCCUUAUUAUAAAACCAAUAUUUUGUUUACUUCCCUUGACUCUGUACUUUAAUGGAAGAGAUCCAGUGAAGCCUAAUGGAUUUCCAUAGAGAUAUCUUUGAACUCUCGUUACUGUUAACACUAAGAUGAGUCCAUUUACACCUGUUCUGGGAAAUUAAUUACUGCUUUUAACUGACUACAAAAAAUCCUGCAGGGUAGGGGACAAAGAGCAGAUAUUCUGGAUGAUUAAAUCCCAUGUGAGGCAGAAGGCCAGAGCUAGGCUGAGAAAUACAGACUCAUACUGGUCCCCAGGGGUAUUUAGCUGACUGCAGGAAGAUUUGUUUUGCCCCUCCCCAUAGCUAAGCUCUCCCAAGGCCCAGGAGGCUGCUCUAGGGGCAGGUGAGAGGGCACAGAGUGGGCAUCACUGUCUGUGCAUCUCCCUCACCCUGCACUGCCUGGCACAGGCCAGCUCUGGGAGCCUGGGGAAAGGCACUUGGGGACAACUUCCACCCACAGCUGCAGGGUGCCAGCACAGACAGAGUUACCACUGAGCUCCUUAACCACCCUGGCAGCCAAAUAACCUGGCUGUGCUGCCAUCCCCCAUCAGAUGUCCCCACUGAACUCUGAUGGUCCCAGCUGCACCUGCAGGAAGCAAUCCCACCUGGUCCUGCAGAAGCCCUGCAGAAACCCUGCCUGCCUGACAGGCCAAGGGCUACCACCUCAGUCUUCCACAUGGCAACAAGUGGCUGCUUGAUGAGGAGCUGAGGUUCCUCCAGGGGAGGUGCUUUCCCAACAGCCCAGCUCCAUCCCACUCCAUCUUUAUGAGCUUUUCAUGGCACCCAAGAAGAGCAAAGACAGACACUCCAGCAAUGCUGGAAUUAACCUUCUUCUCCAUCCCUGCCACUCAUGGCGAUUUUCCAAGCACUAAGGCACUGUUCCAGCACCUCUCCAAACAAACCCACCCAGGUACCCGAGUUCUCCCUCCCAGGUUCCACUGGUCCCACAGUGCUUGGCUUGCAGGGAGCAGAGCAGGCAGAGCCCUGUACUCCACACUAACCCACAGCCAAUCUCCCAAAUGCCGUGCUUCACGUCUGCUAUUCCCAAACCCAUUUGUUGCCAGGUUCCAGGCAUAAGCAAAGCCAUUCAGCAAACGUUACAUUUAGGGUAACAGGUAUCAUAAAACUCACAGAAUGUCAAACAGUAGCAGUGAAGUCAACUUGAAUUCCCUGUGGAGGGACAGCAAGCACCAGGCAGAGCCAUCGCUCUGCACAAGGACAUGGCCAGAGGCUGUUAAUGUUUUUUAUUUUAAAGUUACUGUCUUCCAUUCACAAUUGCUUGUGACUCUUCCAGGCAAGAAGGGGAUUGGAAUAAUUGUGCUACUCAGCAGUCCCUGAUUUAUUUUGUUGAUGGAACAAGAACCACGAUGAUUUGGUUUAAAUUAAUCGUAUUUCAGUACGAGCAGUGGCUGAUGACAGGAGCUUGUUAUCCCUCCCUCCCCCAAAUACCAUCUCUGCUGCACAGCCUCGGUUUGUACAGAUCCUACACUGCUUACAGGUGCUUCAACGCCUCCAGGCACAACCUCAGAGGUCUUUGGGUCUUUUAGAAACAGAAUUUAUUGUACUGCUCUUGUGGUCCUCAUCCCAUCCAAAGAUCUCCUCCAUCCUCGCUGAUCUCCAGGCAGCUCCCCCUGCUCCCACCCUCAUGUCAGUGAAAUGGAAACCCAGCAGCACAAGUUCAGCUUUUGAGUCAUUCUCCUGGAACAGGCUGAAUUAAUGCUCCCAGUUAGUCUCUCUGCAUUAGAUCAGUGUUUAAAUGCACACAAGUAAAAAUUACCCGAUGAAGGGUGAAAUGGGUGAGUGUUCAGUCUCCAGCUGAAGUGUUCCUCUGCACUGAGCUCCCGUUCCCUAUCAGAUGGAAACAAAAUGAAUGCUGCUCCAUCUCUGCUUGGCUUUGUUUGCUUCUCCCCCAAGCAGAAAUGAUCCGAUUUUUCAGUGAUCAGCCACAUGCAAAUCUGAGCAUCUGAGCUUCUGUCCCAUUACCCCCUUACAAGAUAGGGGCCUGUUGCUACCUUGUAAAAUCAGAAACAUCCCGUGGCUUUAAACUAGAAAUCUGCACUACACACUUAUUUUUAAUGUGUCUAAGAUAAUUUCUGUACUACUUUAAUGGAAAUAAAGUUGAUUUAAUUUUGUGA